GGCGGGGCGCGCUGCCUGCGGGUGCCUGACAGCAACAUGGCUGCUGCUUAGCCGGGCUGGGCCUUGCUGCAGGGAGCCGUGCUGCCUGACAGACAGCACGGGGAUUGCCCGACUGCCUGCUCUGCCUAUGAAGAAUGCGAGACCUAACGGCUCAGGUAACGAGCAGUCUGCUGCAGUUUCCAGAGGUGACUGUUGAGGCACUUGGGGAAGAUGAGAUCACCCUAGACUCUGUGCUGUGUGGGAAGUUUUCUGGAGGCAGAAGUGGCCUGGCGUGGCUGGCGUGUGGUCCCCAGCUGGAGGUGGUGAACUCAGUGACAGGAGAGCGUCUCUCUGCGUAUCGCUUCAGCGGAGUGAACGAGCAGCCUCCCACUGUUCGCGUGGUGAAGGAGUUUUCUUGGCAGAAGAGGACUGGGCUCCUGGUUGGCUUGGAGGAAGCAGAGGGAAGUGUUCUCUGCCUGUACGACCUUGGGACCUCAAGAGUGGUUAAAGCAGUUGUUCUUCCAGGAAGGGUGACGGCCAUCGAACCCAUCAGCAACGACGGCGGAGCCAGCGUGAGCACCCGGCACCUGCAUCAGAGUCUGCGAUGGCUCUUUGGAGUGGCAGCAGUGGCCACAGACGUUGGCCAUGUCCUUCUGGUUGACCUUUGUUUGGAUGAUUUGUCUUGCAGUCAGAAUGAAGUAGAAGCGUCAGAUCUCGAAGUUGUCACUAGAAUUCCUGCUGAAGUUCCACAAAGAAGAGAAGCUGUGACCAGAGAAGGGAGGCAUCUCUGUUUUCAAUUACGAAGUCCUUCAGGAACAGCAGUAUCAACCCUGUGCUACAUAAGCAGAAGCAACCAGCUUGUUGUGGGUUUUUCUGAUGGCUACUUGUCACUGGGGAACAUGAAAACUUUGAAGAGGGCGCACUACACUCAGCUUGGAGGAGGAAGGAUUCCUGUCUGUGCUCUUACUUUUCAAGAGCCCGAGAGUGAUCUCCAAAAUUGUUGCUACUUAUGGGCUGCUCAGUCUACACAACAAAGUGAGGGGAAUGCUGUGAAUUUACAUCUGUUGCAGUUAGCAUUUGGUGACAGGAAAUGUCUGGCAUCAGGACAAGUCAUGUACGAGGGUUUUAAAUACUGUGUCAAACUUUUCAGUUUAGCUCUCUCUGGUGGAAUCUUUCCCUGGAAAGGGCAGACCAGCAAUACUAAAUUCCUCAGCUUUCAGACCAUAGAAAAAUUUCACAACCAUGCUGACAGAGAGGAUAGCGUUAAUGAAGUAGUCUCUCCUGACACCAGUGUAUCGAUCUUCAGUUGGCAAGUGAAUACACACGGUCAAGAAAAACCGUCUGUUUAUUUGGGUGUGUUUGACAUCAAUCGCUGGUAUCAUGCUCAAAUGCCAGACUCACUGAGGCCAGAAGAAUUCCUUCAUGAUUGCCCCUAUUUUGCACUGUGGUCACUGGAUCCUGUAAUAAGCAUGACUUCUCCAAACCUCAUUUUGGAUAUUCUGGUACACGAGCGUAGUCUAAGUCGGGGGGUUCCUCCUUCUUAUCCACCACCUGAACAGUUUUUUAAUCCAAGCACAUAUAAUUUUGAUGUGACGUGCUUGCUCAACUCGGGAAUUGUUCACAUGACUUGCACCGGCUUCCAGAAGGAGGUGACUUUUUUUUUUACUGUAUUUCUGUUGGGACUGUCAAGAGAUGAACCUUUUCUAACUUUUCUCUUGCAGUGCUUUGAGUACCCUGAAUACACUCGAUGUCUUGUAGCUGGCUUGCUGUCUCCAAGACUGGUUGAUGUCCAGCCAUCCAGUCUGAGUCAGGAGGAGCAGUUAGAAGCAGUGUUGUCAGCUGCUGUGCAAACAGGUUCUUUAGAGCUUCUGACGGGAUGCAUUAAACACUGGACUUCCGAAGAGCAGCCAAGUUCUGCUGGAAAUUUACGGUUUGUUCUUGAGUGGACGUGGAACAAAGUGAUCUGUACAAAAGAUGAACUGGACCAAAUAUGUGUUCCGCUGUUUGAUGGCUCCUGCAACUUCAUUGACCCGCAGACAUUACAGUCCCUUCAGCACUGCCAGCUGCUUCUGAGCAACCUCAGCACAGUCCUGAACUGUUUUCUAACAGAAGCCCGAGAGCUUACUGAGAAAGGUCGGUGAAAGCACUGCUAGGUCU